AUGCAGAACGACGAGCUGAUCUGGUGCGUGGUGAACAAGCACUUCUGCGCGUUCAAGAAGAAAACGGACAAGGAAGACAUGUGCAGGAACGUGUACAACGUGACGGGGAAGUGCAACCGCGUGAGCUGCCCGCUGGCGAACAGCCACUACGCCACCGUGCUGGAGCAGCAGGGCAAGUUGUACUUGUGUUUGAAAACCGUCGAACGCGCGCACCUGCCCAGCCGGCUCUGGGAGAAGCUGAAGCUCCCACAGAGCCUCCGCGAGGCCAAACGUUUCGUUCAACUUCGCAUGCACAACGAGUACCCCAAGCACCAGGUGCAGCGCUGCAUCCGCAGGCUCAUUCGCCUCAAGCAGAUGCUGCACAGAAUGCGCAGGCUCGAGCUCAAGCCCAAGUCAGCUGCUGCUGCUGCUGCGGGAGCUGCUGCUGUUGCUGCUGCUGCUGCUGUUGCUGCUGCUGCUGCUGCUGCGGGAGCUGCUGCGGCAGCGGGGGCGGGAGCUGCUGCAGGCAACAGACGCGGCCGCAGCAGCUGCAAACUCGCGGCCGCACGGAUGCAAAUAUUAAUGCAAAUAAAAAGCGACCGUUUCACGCCAAACAGUCUAUGGGCAGUUGAGAUGUACAUACACCCCGUUACAUGCAUGCUGGUGCGGGCACUUGGGGUGUACGUACACCCCGUUAGACGCAAAAGCUGGAAGGAGUUAAAAAGAAAACUGAAAGAAGAGAAGCAGCAAGAGAAAAAAAAGCACUUCGUGCUGCUCACAUUGAAGACGUCAUUGAAGACGAACUCCUCAAAAGGCUGCACCAGGUGA